CUUCAAAAAGAGGCUGCCAUCCGAGGCCAGGUACUCAGUCGAGUUCCAGACUCUCGAGUUCAAACAACCCUCAGUUGCAAGGAGUCAGCGCAAAAGUCCUUGGCCAAAGCCAUCACAUCACUUCAGUUGUCUUUCUCUCCAUCACCAUCAGCGAACUCUCUCAUCCAGCGAUUUAUUUUUGGCUAUAUCAAGACAAUUAUCCAACAGUGCUCUCCCCUCACACCCACCCCACACAAAAAGAAAAAUUGAAGUGUUUUUGUUUGUUUUUUUGGAAAACCAGCGCCGGGGAGACUUUGACGAAACGUGGGGGACCUUACGAGCGAUCCUAUAAGAAGGACACAUCAAAUGUCAGUUGCAAGCAUGAACAUGCCGCAUCAUCUGUUCUCCGGUUAUCCUUUCCAAGGCCAGGGACGUGUUAACCAACUGGGCGGAGUGUUCAUCAACGGCCGUCCACUUCCGAACCACAUCCGUUUGAAGAUCGUCGAAUUGGCGGCGGCGGGCGUUCGUCCGUGCGUCAUCUCACGGCAGUUGCGCGUGUCCCACGGAUGCGUUUCCAAGAUCCUCAAUCGCUAUCAAGAGACGGGCAGUAUCCGCCCCGGAGUUAUCGGCGGGUCGAAACCCAAAAGCGGUUCAUCUUCAUCCACUUCGCCAGGUGGUGGCAAUGGGAAUCUCUCCGGCUGCGGGAUGAACAUCGAUGCUGAACGCAAAUCGGAAGAUUACCGACGGGAAACGGCCAACAGCAACAUCUUCUCGUGGGAAUUUCGCGAUCGACCAUCUAAGGAUGAAAAGGAACUGAUGAACGGGUCGAUGGUGCCAACGGCUUCCAUUAAUCGGCUGUUGCAGCAUCCGCAUCACCGCGGCAUGAUGAUGAUGGAGAACACCAACAGCGCCAUCAGUCCCGACGGCUUAAUCAACAGGCAUCCUCACCAGCACUCGAUCGACGGCAUCCUAGCAGAUACGGGAUCGUCGAGUGACUGUGACCUGUCGGAUAUCGAGUCAGAGCCUGGGAUCACCUUGAAACGCAAGCAACGUCGUUCACGUACGACUUUCAGCGCCGAACAGUUGGAAGAAUUGGAGCGAUCGUUCGAACGCACCCAAUAUCCGGAUGUCUACACGCGCGAGGAGCUCGCCCAAAAAACCAAACUGACCGAGGCCAGAGUGCAAGUUUGGUUUUCUAACCGCCGCGCCCGUCUGAGGAAACAACUCACCGGUCAACAACUCGGCCUUCAAGGAUCGGCCUUCUCAUUGGCUGCAGCAGCAGCCGCAGCCGCGGCUUCAUCCCCUUCCAGUGGCCACCAAUACUCCAAUUCAACUGUUACCUCACCCCAACCGACUAGCCAAUCUACGAGCAUCGGUCAGUCCUCAUCGGGGGUAGCCGAACAUCAUCAUCAACAUCAACAACAACAACAGCAGCAACAACAGCAACAACAACAAGUGAACGCUGCCGUAGCAGCGGCGGCCUUCCAGACUCAUCACGCAGCCGGAGCUUGGCAGCAUCAUCAUCACCAUCAUCAAGGUUACUAUGGCAACGGCUAUCCAACGGCGGCGGCAGCGGCCGCAGCGGCCGCCGGAUCGAUUCAUCCGCACCAUCAAGAAGUGACGGCUUCCUUGUCUUUUGGGCAUCAAUUCCCGGGCUAUUUAGCGGCCAAUCACGCUGGAUGGAACGCUAUUCCGCCGCGCAAAGAGGAUCACGUACAUCAUCAAUCGAACGCGUCCGCUUGGACGUCCGCUUCUUCGACGGCCGUGCCUUCCGUCUGCAGUGGAUCGGCUGAAUCUUAUCCGUUCUUCUCUUCGGCAUCGGCUCAUCAGCACCAAUUGCAUUCAGCUGCGGCCGCUUCGUCCGGAAGUGCCUUCACUGUCACCGGUAGCGGCAAUCCAGCUGCAGCCGCAGCGGCCGCGGCGGCCCUCAUCAAUCCGCACUCGCCGUCCGAGCCUAAAUCCGGCUAUCCUUACUACCAACACCAAAUGAUCUCCGGAAUGGACGCGAGUCACAUGCUGCACUGCGCUGGAUUAGUUCAUUAAAAGAAUUUAUUACAUAUAGUUUGAUUGCCUUCCACCAUCUUCCGUAUACUGUACAGCCUAUACGUUCGUGACGGCUCCAUAUAAUUUGCAUAUAGAUGUAGCGCACGAUAUGUUUGAAAACAGGCCUAUAACGUAUAGAUUGGCGUAGAAUGGCCAAUGGAAGCUUAUGUACGCUUUAAGAUCAAUUUCAUUUGCAUUAGGUUAUACCGAAAAUCGUAGUUUUAAAUGAUUUUUUACAACAAUUAAAAUAUGUUUUCUGAUAUUGGCAACCACAUGUCUCUUUGCUUUCUGUCAUAGCUUUUGUAGAAUGAUAGCAUAUACAUAUAGUUUGUCUCUAUAUAUUUAGCUUAAACUAUAGUUAACACGAAAUCACGUAUAUUACAAGUCUUAUAUCAUCUUUUCUUUUUGUGCGUCAUGGAACAACAUAGCAUCUAUAUUAUCGAAUCAGUAAAUGUAUCUGUAUUUCAACUGUCCUCUCAUUGCGCUGCAUUUCAAUAAACGCAUCAAGUUUGA